UGAGAGCGAUUACCUGGACGGUUUUCCAACACUUUGGAUUACAUUUGCUGGCUGGGCUAGUUUGUUCUGGUGAAUGAUGACCACUGAUACGGAGAGCGCCAAGAGGCGUCUGGCCUUCCAGAAGAGUUACAGUUUGGAGACAAAAAGCUCUUGGCGACGUAAGAGUUUAAUCGAAGACGCCAAGUUUGAUACGGUGACGAACGCGGAGUUCGAGAAACGAGAGAAGACUCUGAGUCGAGGAGACUCCAUCACAGAAGAGGAUGAAGUGUUCUCGUCCAAUGGCGAGGCUCACUCUGUACCGGACAAGGAAGCGGCUCAGAAGAUCUGCCUCGUUUUGGUUCUCCGUGAUGGCUUGGGAUCGUUAUCUCGUAUACUGAAGACUUUUGAGAAUUCCAAAGUAGAUAUCAGUCACAUUGAGUCGAGGCCAUCUCUUAGGUCCGAGGCUGCGUUUGAGAUAUACCUUCGGUGUAAUGGUCAGAAAAAUGCCAUCACAGUUCUGACCAACACCCUCAAGCAGAGCUCCUCUAUACUGGACCUUACGGUGACCGCCAACGACGAAGAAUCUAAAGACGUGUGGUUUCCCCGACACAUUGCUGACCUUGACAAAUGUAACCAUUUGGUGACAAAGUUUGAACCUGAUCUGGAUUAUGACCACCCGGGAUUUGCCGACAAAGUUUACCGACAGCGCCGACAGAAGAUCGCCGACAUUGCGUUUAACUACCGACAUGGCCAGGAAAUUCCAAGAGUGGAAUAUGUUGAGGACGAAAUUAAAACAUGGGGUCAUGUAUAUAGCCAACUUAAGCGUCUGCUGCCCACGCAUGCGUGCAGGGAAUAUCUGCACGUAUUUGACAUUCUAGAACGAGAAUGUGGCUACUGCGAGAACCGUAUUCCACAGCUUCAAGAUGUCUCCAAUUUCAUGAGAAAGCGGACAGGGUUUCAGCUUCGGCCGGUGUCAGGGUUGCUUUCUGCACGAGACUUUCUGGCCAGCCUGGCAUUCCGCGUGUUCCAGUGUACACAAUAUGUUCGCCACGGUUCCAAACCAGACCACAGCCCAGAACCGGACUGCAUACACGAGCUGUUGGGACAUGUACCGAUGCUAGCUGACCGCCGCUUUGCGCAGUUCUCUCAGGAGAUUGGCUUAGCCUCACUCGGAGCUGCAGACGAAGAUAUAGAAAAGAUUGCUACCUUGUAUUGGUUUACUGUUGAAUUCGGGCUCUUGAAACAAGAUGGCGGCUUGAGAGCAUAUGGGGCCGGAGCCUUGUCGUCAUAUGGAGAGCUACUGCAUGCCUUGGGGGAUGGUCCUAAGAAACUUCCCUUUGAUCCCGAGACCACGGCCGUUCAGGAAUAUACGGAUGAUGACUUCCAGCCCAUAUACUUCGUUGUGGAAUCUUUCGAUGAUAUGCAAACUAAGAUGAGGCAAUACGCUGCUAAAAUCAAGCGACCUUACGAAGUUGUCUAUGAUCCGUAUACCGAGACUAUAGAGCCCAAGAAAACCAAGGAUGUCAUCUCGUCCGUAGCAGAUAACAUUACGCAGGAAUUAAACAACCUCCGCUGCGCUAUGGAAAAGAUUACAUCCAUAUCUGUAAAAUCUUGAACGAACUGUUUGGAUAACUGUAUACUGGCCAAACUUUAGUUUUUGCUCUUGACUUUAAGGUUUCUUAUUUUUGACUUAAAGGGUUUUUAUCGGUGUAGCACUCGUUUUGGGAAUUUAAUCAUUCCAUUGUGGAGUUUGAUGAAAGAACGGUUUGACUAGAUACAAAGCGAGAGAUAAUUAAAGAGGAGGCAGUCUAAAAUAUAAUUAUACGUGCCACAGAUUUAAUGAAUAAUGUGUGAAAUAAUUCCUAUACCUGUUCCACUUUAACUCUCAUAGUUCCAAAAAUGUCGCAGAAAAAAACAUACGGCAUUAAAAAAGAAUACCCCCUUCGUAAAAAGUUACCAACAGUUUCCCAGGUGUCUCCCAUCUUCUUUACGAGUCUAAAUCUUUUUCCUAAAAGGCUCCAUUGAAAUACGUGUAGGACGUUUGUCUCUUAUAUUUAUUUACACACGCGAUUCACUACUUUAACUCGACUUUCAGUAUUCGGCAGAAUCUUGGAGGAACACUUCCAAAGUGCUAUACUGAAAUGUAAAGUGGUAUUUUUAAGGAAAUGACAAAGUUAAAUGUAACUGAUAUGUUGUGAAUGUUGCAAAGAUUAAGGAAGCAUUGUAUUAGUGCUAAUUAGAGCAGGGAUGUAUAGCAAUAAAAUGGAAAAAUCAGAUGUUUUCGGGCUAAGCUAAUAGAUAUGCAUUUGUUGUGUAUAUGGACAGUUUCUGGUAGUUGUUACGUGUUCCUUUUAUCUUCCAUGGGGUAUUCAUUUAACAAUUUUGGAAGUAUGGAUGCGCUUGAUUGAGCACAUGAUUUUAAACCUCGUGGGGUACUGAAUAUAAAGAAAGAAUACAAAGAAGGUUUAUGAAGGUGGCACCAGCGCUUCGGUACAAUGAAUUGAAAGUUAUCCCAGGUGUCUGUGCCGUUUUUGAUUCUUCGUUUAGAUGCAUUUAUUCUGAAGCCGGAUAGGAGCCAAAAGACUGAGACCCGAAAGAUAUUCUGAACAAAUUUAAACUGAAGGUCACCCUUAAAUCUUGUAUUAAACUUGAAGACAAACCUUGGCAUCCCACUGGGUAAUUCGAGACCAGGCUGUGGUGCCUGUUCAUUUCUGCUCUUACAAUGCGCAAUAGUAGCAUAUUGCCUGAUGGUCAAUCCAGCGUGAACUCGAGGCGCUAUUCCGCGGAGAAAGGCAUACGGUAUUGAUGAACGGCAUUUAUUACAAUGCGGUUCUUUACUAAGCAUUCACUGGAGACACACGAGGUCUUUGUGGAAUACGGCAAAUAGAGGUGGUUUCCCCCUGGUUUUUGAUGGUCGACUUUAUGACAAACACCAUCAGUUAACACCUAUACACAAUGCAGGCGGUAUAUUUGUGAAAUGAAAGUGUUCUCGUCCCUUACAUUAAUAUAAGAGUCGUUUUGUUUAUACUGUAUCGAUUAGAGAGGGUUAUUUGUUCAAGAUCUAUAAGACUUUGUGAUUGAGACAAGUUUGUUGACUAUCGGGUUAAAGAUGUUUUCUAAACAGUUAUUGUUUUCAUUGUUCAAUCUUAUCAUAUGAUAUUAGCCAUGAGAACAAAUGAACCAGACCUAUUGGGUUGUACGUUAAAGCUAUGUGAUUCCCUUCAGAACAAGACCGAUUUUAGUGUACAUAUAAUAGCAAUAAAAG